GAAUCUGUUAAAAUGGUACAACAUUCCUGUUUCAUAUGAAUUUCAGGCAACCACAAAUUUCAGGGUAUUCCUAUUCUGAGGCUGUGCUCGAUGAAAACGAAUCUUACUUGAUGAUUUUAACAGAGACAGAAACACUGCAAAAAACACUGGAAACCUGGAUUUGGCUGUUGACAAGUUGGAUAUAGAUGGCAGUGUGUACCUGUGUGAGCAGACCCUCAAGAUGACCAGCCUCAGUAUGAAUUUGCCGCUAGAGGCGCUCUGGAAGGUCUGUCAUUCAGCUUUUUGAACUCGCACGUACCCACUCACCUUACGUUUACAAAUGGCCGACUUGCAGUAAAGGUUAUAGAGUAUGUGUGAGCAAAAAGACAAAUGUUAUUUGGCAGAUAGGGAUAGAGGUUUUACGAAGGAACAUUUGCUGUCAAUGUUGCGGGCAACUGGCGUGUUAAAUUUGUUAAAAGUUAUUUUGACUUGGUAACAACAUGAGACGUGUAUAACAAUAGCAUAAUAAGUGGUGUGCCGCUCAAUUUAGCAUGUUUUAUGAAAUCAUUUUAACGGAGGAUUGAUUGUAAGGCAGUUUUAAAGUAAAUAAAUGUGUUAGAAAUACGGAAAUUGAUGCCCUUUUGUGGUUGUUAAAUUGUUUGCAGUGAGGUUAUUUUACGUUUGAGUGAUUGAUUAGAAAGGUUAAUAGAAGGAUAAGUAAAGAUGUGUAAAUGAAUAGGAAUAGCAGGAUAUGAAGGAUAGUUUGUGCAUUGAACACCUUACUUUUAAUGUGAACAGUUGAACAGUUGUAGAACUUUAACUCUUUGAUUUGAACUGUACAAGCCUAAUAUUGACCUGUAUAUAACUGGAACUAAAACACUGUUGAGUUAGUAACUUGGAGAAGUUUGCUUUGUAUGAACAUGGAUAUAGAAGACUCACAUUUAGUGCCGAUCUCUCUACAAAAGAUGUCAUCAUCAUAUCGUCUGAACAGCGUGCACUUUGGAAACUCAGAUGCACGUGAGACGUUAUCAAGAAACGAUAUAUCCAGGCAUUAUUCCUACUGGGAAAGAUUUUCGCCAUCAUUUGCGAGUUUUGAGGACAGUAACAGCAAUGGCUAUGGGGACAACAUACCCAACCCUUACCGACCCAUGGACCUCCGUCCGGAUUACAACGGGAUGGAAGCCAUGCACAAAAGUCGCAAAAACAAGGAGGACAAAUACUGCGGGGUGUGCGGGGAUCGCGCCCUUGGUUAUAACUUUGAUGCCAUCUCUUGCGAGUCUUGUAAAGCCUUCUUCCGACGGAAUGCUCCAAAAGGACUGGAAUACUUCAAGUGCCCUUACGAGGAGAAAUGUAAGAUGGACGUGUCGAACAGACGGUUCUGCAAGCGUUGCCGCCUGCGCAAGUGCUUUGAGAUUGGGAUGCGCAAAGAGUACAUUCUUACAGAGGAGGAAAAGAUGCGCAAACGACAACGAAUUGAUGACAACAGGUAUGGACGCAUGCGGGACCUUGAGAAAAAGAUGUCCCAGUCCGGCGUGGUGUCCAACAUGAACACGAUGGUUGGUUCACCGGCAAAAACUCGGCCUCUCGAGCCUGAAGAAGAGGCUCAAAUCAAUGAAGUUGUACGCGCCUAUCGCCAGUCCCUAGAAAUUCCGAUCGAGUCAAAGGUGCCGCGUGAUAAUGCCAAUUUUGCCGCUAUUGUGAACAUUGCUGAAGUGAGUGUGAGGCGUGUGGUGGACAUGGCCAAAAAGUUGAAAGCCUUCAAGGCUCUCUCUCAGACUGACCAGAUUGGCCUCCUCAAAGGAGGCAGUAUAGAGUUGCUCAUUCUCAGAUCUGUCAUCUCAUUCGAUAAGGAACAUAACUACUUUCUCGAUCCGUACGACAAAGAUUCUUUAGCUAUGACCUCUGAUCAGCUGAAACACGGCAUCGAAAAUCCCGGGGUGGAUGUCGGCGGGCUGCCUGGAUUCGGUCACAGUGUGGGUGGAAUAUUCGACGAUCACAUGAAGUUUGUAAAGUCCUUAGCGAUCGACCUCAAAGCUGAUGAGACCAUGCUGAUACUUCUGCUCAUGUUGUCGCUCUUUUCGCCAGAUCGUCCAUGUGUGACGGACAAGGCAUACAUAACAUCAGAGCAGGACAAGUAUGCGCUACUUCUGCAGCGCUACCUGGAGUCGAAGUACCCGAGUCACGUGGUCAAGUCAAUGUACCCAAGGCUUCUCAUGAAGCUGACUGAUAUACGCAACCUCAAUGAGGAGCACUCACAGGUCCUUCUGAAACUGAACCCAGAGGGGUUGCAGCCCCUGAUGAAGGAGGUCAUGGACCUUCACUUGAAAAAGCACAACGGGGAGACCGACACUGAUAGUGACGCUUCCUCCUCAAUUGCUUCCCCUUGAAAGUGGGUUAAAGAAUUAGUUUGGCUUAUUUCCCCUGUUUUCAGUGUUGGGAAGUGUUGAAUGGGCUUAUCUCCCCUGUUUGCAAAGUGGGGAAGUAUUGAAUGGGCUUAUCUCCCCUGUUUACUCAGUGGGAAGUAUUGAAUGUUGAUAAAUACAAAAUAAGGAUGUGACUGAUUGCCUCCCUUUAAAUUCCGGAUGAAGGAAGAAUUAGCUGAUCUCCCUUUGUUUGCUAGGUGGGAAAUUGAGUAUUUGAAGUUGAUAAAUUAAAAAAUUCAGUCCUGCCAGUACACACUGUAACUUUGUAACUUUUUGUGUUUUUCCAGUCCUUAAUGUCACAGAGCUAGAUGUUAAUCGCAGGAAUUAGAAAUGUUAUAUUUACUUUUCUGUGAUACCUGUGAAGAGGUGAGGGUUGCAUCACAAGGUCCAGGGCAGCGUCGGGGAAUUAACAAUGACUUAACACUCCCAGACAUGACAACAAAAAUCCUUCAAUGUUUGGGAAAUACUUAAAUUUUUGCAAAAAAGUUAACAAUUAUGAAUGAUCUUAAAAAUGAGAUUGUUCUACCCCAGGAAGAGUUGUUAACAUUCAUGAGAGCUGUCAGAGCGAUAGAACAGAAAUGACAACUGUCUAGAAGGCCAAGGAGGGCAGUGUGACCUGCAAGACACUUUCAGAAGACAAGGGAGUGCUCAUAGACACUUUCAGAAGACAAGGGAGUGCUCAUGAUGCACUGAUUCAGAGGACACUAGAAAAUCUGAUUUUGUGGGGGGCAAAUAAAAUAUGCUUUAGUGAAUAUUGUCACAAGAUGUUCUGUUGCAGAGAAGUAAUUACUGCUUCCAGGGCAACACAUUAUGCCAGUCUUAUUGUGUUGAUGUUGUUGGUUUUAAGGAAGUGUAAAUAGUUAAUACAAAUGCAUGCUUUAGAUAGCUAAGUUAAACAAAUUGCCUGAAAAUUGAAAUUGAUUAUUGUGCAAGUAGCAAAUGUAGUACAUACAAAUAUAAUUAUAUUAGAUUAUUAUUAAAUAUUAUUAUUAUUAAUAUUAUGAAAUUUGUUGCGUCCAUUAUAUAUUGUUUUACCUCAGAUGCUGUCACUAUGACUAUUUGAGAGAUGUUUGGUAUGAAGGACUGAUCGGGCGUUUUUGAAACAAGACAAAUCUGGUGCAUUGUGGGUGAAAAUAAUGUUUUAAGUUCUGUACCGAUGUGAUAUGUUGUAUAGUAGAUAGAACAGAAUUGUUGACAUGUUUUUUUCCGGUGAUCUUUUUUGAAGGAGAAUGUUUUAAACUACAAGCACUCGUAAGCGUGUUACUCGUUUAUUGAAAGGUUUUUCAAAAUGUAAAAUACAAUGUACUGCAGAUUUGUGUUUCUGGGUUUGUUUCUUUCCAAACACAUUGUUUGGUAAAGAAUUUUUAACAUAAGUAUGUCUUUUAGAGAUAAGGCAAAGUGCUUUAGCAAAAUGUUACUUUUUACGAGUGUAAAUAUUGUUAAGCUACAUAUGUGUAAAAGAAAACAUGCUCAAGUUUAAUGUAACUUCCCUUGAUCUGAGAGCUGUGCCAAGAAGAAUAAAACCUUGCCUUUUGAUGUCUUUUAAAAAUAAGGACUUCUAGAAUCCUACUUUAAACAUUAAACGUUUAUGUAUUUUACAUCAUCCGACUGUAAUGAUUUCUUAGACCAGUUGACGAGUGUUAUAAAUCUAAUAAUUUUAGAGAUAAGGCAAAGUGCUUUAGCAAAAUGUAAUUUUUACGAGUGUAAAUAUUGUUAAGCUACAUAUGUGUAAAAGAAAACAUGCUCAAGUUUUAUGUAACUUCCCUAGAUCUGAGAGCUGUGCCAAGAAGAAUGAAACCUUGCCUUUUGAUGUCUUUUAAAAAAUAAGGACUUAUAGAAUCCUACUUUAAACAUUAAACGUUAUGUAUUUCACAUCAUCCAACUGUAAUGAUUUCUUAGGCCAGUUGACGAGUGUUAGAAAUCUAAUAAUUUCUUAGCAGUUCAAAAUAAUUAGUACCAGAAUAUGAAAUAUAGUAACACUUUUUAAAUAAUGAUAAUUAUAAAUAUUUUCUUUACUGCAAAGUGCCUUUAAAUACAUAUGUAAAUUGGUCAAUUUUGUAGUAUGUUCAUGGAAUUAAGAAGUAUUUUUAUAACUUGAUCAAUUUUAGGGGAUGUCUGUAACAUUCAGCACUGUGUGUAUAUUUUUGCCACAUUAUUUUUAUACAUGCAUGCCAAUUCGGAAACAGGAAUAUCUACCAAAUGAAAAGUCCUUUCAAAAUCUUAUGCCAGCAAAACAACGACAGCAAGUUAAAGACUACAAUAAUAGUUUACAUUUUGAAUGCUAUUUCGGAUUUAGAAGUCCAUUAUGAAUAACAAAAGAAAAACAUUCCUCUGCAGUUUGGAAUGUUAUUUAAAUAUUCUAAAUACUAGCCCAAAUAUAUUAAAAUGUUAUAUGUGUUGUCAUGACUGCUGAUAAGCAUUCUGGCUUCCUACAGUGGCCUUGGCUAGCUCCCUUACCUCAGGAAUGAUCCACAUUGAUAUUUCGCAAUAAAAAACAUCAACACAAUUUUUUUCUGUGUAUUUUCAAAUUUCUUUAAAGUUUGUUUUAACAAUUUUAUUUCCCCAAGGACAGUCUAGCCCCUCCAAAGGCUGUUCAUCUUUCUCUUUUUCACUUCUCAAAUUAGAAAUAAUGCAAAUAAUCUCCAUAGCAAAGCAAAGUGUGGACAUUUUUUUACCUAAUGUACAAUGCAUAUUGAUAUAAGAACAAUGUUUAAGAGGUUGGACAUUCUUGUUUUUUAGUGUAUCCGCUUUGUUCAUUGUUGUUUCUUCUUGGUAACACUUGUUUUUAUCAAUGAUUAACUUCAAUUGGGGUUGAUUGACCAGUAGGUGUUAUAUACUGGUACUUUGUGGACCACUUUAAUGUCAGUGUUCCGUCGACAGUUAUGGUGAUGUAAUUUCUGUAAAUCAACUGUGUUAUUGAACUGUUGAAAAAACUGGUGGCUUAAUUAUCACAUUGUGAUUAAAUGUUGUUUUGAAAUAUAUAAAGUGUUUUUUAUGUUUAAAGCCGUUAUCAUGUGUAUUUUUUAUCAAUAAAAUAUAUUCUUUUAAGAAUAAUUGUGGAAGUAUUUAUAUGGUUUUGUGGAUAAAGUUAAUGACCUUUAAAACAUUUGUGCAUUUGUAAAGCAUUUUUUAUAUAUCAUAUUUACCAUUUUCUUAUCUUUCAUGGGACAUCAAAUCCUUGAAAAUUGCCAUUUUGAACCCUUUUUGAACCAUUUACUUUGUAUAAUGUACUAUAAAUGGAGCCAUUCAGUCAAUGGUCAUUUUUAAAGAAAAUAAGACAAACACUUAUGAAGGUUCUAUGGAAUUUACUUCACAGUGUGACAUAUACUUAUAAAGUAUAUGUUUUAUAGAUUAUAUUAUUAUUUGUAAUAUUCAGUUUUGUGCCAUGUUCACACUCAUAUCUUUUAUACUGGUGUAGAUUUUGUUAAACAUAUAUUUUGGAGACAUAGCUACUUCUGAGUAGUGGUAUUGGUUUCAUGUGGGACAUAUGUUUUGUGCAUGUAAAUGUAUUCAAAUGCAUUAUUGUGCCUGUUUCCUGAGACAGUUUUUUUAAUGACCAAGCAUGGCAAUAAUUUGUAAAAAUGUUACUAGAGCUGUGAUGGAAAUAUGGAAUUUCUAAUAAUCAAAUAGUAUGUAAUGAAAUAUUGAUUGAGGUGAUAUAGAUGGUAUAACUUCUAAAUUGUUGAGAUGAUUUUUUCAAAAUUAAUAUAAAUUUUGUAAUUUUUAUGAAGAUGUUAUAUUUUUACCUUUGUUUAUUAAAUGAACCUUAUACCAUGGCUGUGUGAUUAAUAUGUAUACUCAUUAGUACACCAAGAAUUGUGAGUAACGAGAAUAUAAUACGAAAACACUAGUCGGUAAUUGUUAUUUUAACAGUAUAAUUACAACAGACAACUAUAUGGUUAUUAACAUAUUUUGUUCUUCUGCAGACAGUUUAUUAUUUGCUUGAAAUUGUUCUGAGAUUUUAACCCUUUCAGUGCGGGAUCCGAAUUUCGAAGGCCUUUGCAAACAGGUUGGAUCUAGAUGAGACGCCACAGACGUGGGGUCUCAUCUGGAUCCAAACUACAGUUUGCUAUUCUGAUAGUAUUCUUUGAAAAACAAUCGAAGAAAAUGCUAAUUUUAGAAAUUCAGCAGACGACAUUUUAGCAGACGAAAAAUUUCCCAGCAUGCAAAGGGUUAAUGUGUACAGAUUGUUGCAGAGCAUACAAAGACUCGAUUCCUCCAAAAGUGAUGAAGGAUUUAUCACAAUAAUUGUUUGCAACAUAUGUCCUUAAGUAUUUAUGCCUGUUGGUUUGAUAGUUGAGAGAGAUUUACUGUUAGUGGUUUCGCCUGUUAGUGUUUGUUUGUUUUACAUGAUUAGGGCAGCUGCUUUUAACAUUGUUCAUGGAAGUUUCAAGAGAAUCUGUACAAUCAUGACUUGCUGUGCAUGACUAAACUUAUCGAUAAAGUUUUAAUAUAAGGUUUAUAACUAAUAUUUGGCACAUAUAAGGCAGUCAUAAGGCAUACCAAGGGCAACUUUAGAAUAGAAUUAGUGUUCUUCUGGCAGUAAGAUAACAAAGAUUUUGUAUUUUUUUUAUUAAUAUAACAUUGAUUAAUUAAAAAUUGAAUAAAUAUGCAGACAAAUUUGUUAUAGAAAAUCAACAAAGUUAGAGUUAUAUACAAUUGCAAACAAUAUUCUUUUGUGCAGUUGAAAAUUUUGAAACAAAUUGAAGAACUGUCUAUUGAUAAGCAUUUUUUUUAUUUUAUACAAAUAUUUUUUUUUUGUCUAAAUCUGGUUUCCAAAUUCACAUGGAGUUGUAUUCUUUAUUACCGUAGCAAAUUUGUAUAUUUUGAAGACAGCUUUCAUGUACAUACAUAUUUUAGCACGACUAUAAAAUGGCAUAAUUUUUCCUCGAAAAAGGCAAAAAUAGUAAAAUGAUAUGAUAUUAGCACAUUCUUAUAUAAUUGCUUUGUAAUAAGUUACUGGCCUGAUUUCAAUAAAUCUUGAUUAUUUGACUUCUAAAUUCUCUCACUUUCCUUUUUUGCUUUUUAUUUUUUACUUUUUAGACUUCUUGUGAACAUUUUUUUUUUCAAGAUGACAUUCAAUGAUUCAUUGAAUAUUUUCAUCAGAAGAUGAAUAGCUGAUACUAUUUGUUACAAUUACUGCAAUAUGCGCUAACGAAAAUACUUUGAACAGUUGCAAACAUGCAGAUCAAAGUAAGUGUAAUGUGCCCAACAAUAAUGAAUCCAUGUAGUUUUAAAGACUUCAUGCAUAUACAUGUACACACAACAAACAUUUUUAAAUUGUUAUAUGAAGUUAAAAAAUAUUGUUUAAUGGAUAGGAUUAUUUAAGGGUCCUUCCUUACUUUAAUAGUGCUGGUUACAAAACCUGUUUGUGUUAAGUUUUUGUAAUAAAGCUCUUGUUUAUAGAAUGUAUACAAAACUGUAUAUGUAUAUUUUCUUUUUAGUAAUAUUAAUUAAUUACUACUUUUAAUCAGGAAUGAUUGUUUUUAGUUUGUUUGUUUUUGAUUGUUUUUCUCUCCUGUUUAUGUAUUCUCUGCUAUCAUCUGUUUUUUAGUUUAAAAUGAAAAAAGUCAUGUACAAGUUUGUGAAACUAUGAAAUCAUGUUUCUUUAUUUUCAUUUUACAUUUGCAAGUACUUAUGUGGCUUGAGCGAACACCAGUUUUUCAAACUAAACACAUUUUUUCAAUAGAUUUAUAAAUUUCUAACAGUAUGAUUUAUUCUGCAGAUGUCUUAAUCUUUUAUUGAAAAAAAAUGAAAACAACAUAUAAAAAACGAUUGUUCAGAGAGCAAGUAACAGGGUUGUUAAAAUUGCAUGUAACAAUAUACAAAAUGUAUCUACAAAAUUAGGGAGGUGUAUUUAACAAUAACUGUUGUUCAUUCAAGCCAUGUGGAGUCAUAAUGUGGUGGAACAGUUUGUGUUAUAAUGUGGUGGAACUACUUUGUGCCAUAAUGUGGUUGAGCUACUUUGUGUCACAAUGUGGUGGAACAACUUUGUGUCACAAUGUGGUGGAACUACUUUGUGUCACAAUGUGGUAAAACUAAUUUGUGUCACAAUGUGGUGGAACUACUUUGUGUCACAUUAUGGUGGAACUACUUUGUGUCACAAUGUGGUGGAACUACUUUGAGUCAUGAUGUAGCUUCAGAGCAGGAAAGUGGCACCAUGUAUUUCGAACACUUGUAUAUCUUCAACAUCUACUUGUCAUAUAAUUCACACUGUAUAUACCCAUUCAUGUGCUUUUUGUUUGGUAUUAAAUAUAAGCUUACAUAGUGAUGUUGACAAAAAAAACAAGAAUGGUGAUGUUAUAAACGUAAUUAAAUGUGUCAAGUCUG